AUGAAAAUCGCGCGCACAAUUGCCAUCGGCACCGCGGCGGUUGGUAGCCUCAUCCAUGGCGCUGCAGCUGGCUCGCAAGACAGUGGCAAGGUUCACUCUCCAGGUAAGAAACUGUCACCUCCCGGUGAUUCGGCCAACCACAAUAUCAUCCAUCCAAACUACAUUUCCACACAUACCACCGACAUUGAUCCGGACUCCUGGCGCGUGUCGACUACGAGUAUACCCUUGGCGGACCCAGCGAAGCCUUUGAUCGCUCGAGAACUCCCAGCUUCUGAGCUUCUAAUGAACGCCUUGACGACCGUUGAGACUGUCUUCCAGACGGCUGUUGUUACAGUCUUCGCUGGACCACCCUCGACCAGCGCUCACCACACGAAGAAAUUCACUGUGACGGCGCCACAGCCAGCGGUCAUCAGUUCCGUCACAGCGUCAAGCAGCCAACACACUAGACCGACAUCCACUGUGACCGCGUCUGCGGCUGUGGCCACAGAGACUGAGGUCUAUCAUUUGGGCGGCCAUUUUGAAAAGGUUUCUGUUGAUGGCACUGUCAUGGUCGUUCCAGUCGUUCCAUCAACUACCUUCACGCGCGUCGAGACGCUUGUUGGGUACAAGAACCAAUCGUUCACGACUACGCGAACCUUGACAGCAGCGAUCGCGCCGUCAGGUCCUUACAAUGGAUACGACUGUGUUGAGGAGCUUGGCAAGAUGAUAAGUUGUCUUUGGCCCGGUCGCUCGCCAGCAGAGUCAAUGUAUCCUGAAGUCCCCUUCACGACGACGAAGGCCGACCAUCAAGGCUCCGGCAAAGCGCACACGCACUCAGCUACAAUGAAAGCGCGAUCGGUGCAGACUGUGGCUCCUUCUCCGCUAGGCCUAUCUUACGGCGAGCGCGUGGAUGCCUGGCAAGCUUUGGUUUCUUCUCCUGAAUGGCCAGAGGAUGCGCACCCAUACAUGAAAGCCCCAGGUGCGACACCAGCUCACUGCAUUAGCGAUGUCCAGAACAAGCUCUAUCGCAUUCAUCUCACAUCAUGGGACGACUAUUCGAGUUAUUCCACCGCCGAGAGCCACUUCUUCUCGCAAAAAACCCAGACUUCGGUUGAAGUUGAAAUACCACUUGUCAAGGACAGCCUUGCUCUGAUCAAUGGUACAUUGAUUAAUCAAGACGGUUAUGUCGGUGGUAUCGUCGCCAAUGAUCAGCUCCAAUGGGAUCGACCAUCUCAAUCUGGAACGCGAUGGAACUCUGGAUUUUGCAUCCAGACUUUGGACAUGGUACAGAAUGCGAAUCAGUCCAACCAUGGGUCAGUGCUGAGACUCGCCCUUGGCGACCGCACUCAAUUCUGGACUUGCAGUCACGAUGAGGCUCUUGCGAAACUGUACUGGUCCCAAGUCAACGCCGACUGCCAGCCUGUCAUGGUCGCGCUCGAUCAAGUUUACCCUCCUGUUGAGGCCUCUACAGCCUCGCUAGCCUCGAGCAUGACAUCCUCCGCCGCUGCUAUCACGACCGGAUGGAUCAAGAUGACUAUCAACGACACCAUUCAAGCCGCGGUGCCUGCCACGAAGCCUGUAAUCAUGGAGAGUGGCAUCGUCUAUUCGGCCUCGCCAACUAUAUGCUCCAUCAGCGGCGGCAUCACUACGGACUACAUUGGCGUUCCAAUCUCCACCGUCCUCCCAAGCGUGCUUCUCGGCAAGCCAAUCAAGCGUCAAGCAUCUGCCGCUGAUGCUGAGGGUCAGGGCUUCGUUGGAGACAUGCCAACUCAGCGCGACGACAUUCUGACCACUGGGACUGCCACGGUUCCUGCCCAGACUGUCACUGACUACGACGAUGCUGAAUCAGCCAUCGUCUACACGUUCCCGAAAAAGGUCCUCCACUACACCAACGUCCCUAUUCUUCCAGCAGGCAAAGCCGCCCUGAUUCCAGGCGCAGCCAUCGCUCGUCGUCAGGAGCAGGAUGGCGAUGAUGUCGAUACCGUCACGGUCACCCCGACGAGCACCUCAACUACGUUCACCACCCUGUGGGACCUCACUUCAUCCUCAACCGUCGCCACCCGUAUCAACAACGCCAAGGCAGAGGAGUCAUCGAUGAGCGACCCAACCACCGCUCAACCAAACUCAACCACAACCUCCUCCUUCGCCUUCGUCCCCACAACCCACGUCGUCCUCACAACCGAAGUCACCAACUUGACAAUCACCUCCAAGCCUGGCGCAACCUACACAACCCGCGCCAACGCCCUUGCCACCGGCCUGUCAGAGCUCUGCGAGGUCGGCCAGAUCACCGGUUGCCAACCACUCUAUGAUCCUAAGACUUUGGCCAAUAACACUAUGCCACCACUUACUAGCUUCAAUGCUACUGGUCUUCCUACCCUGCCACCUACCGUCACGAGUACGAAGAUGGUGGACCCCACAGUGCAUAGUUCUGGACCUAAGCCUAGUGUUUCGCCUUCUCCUUCUGCGGAUCUGGGUGGGAAGGUUGAGGUCGUGGGGAUGAGAUUGGGUAUGGGAAUGUUGGGAGUGCUGGCUGUUUUACUUGCAUGAAGAUGAAAAUCAGGCGAUGAGAUUCUGAAGUUUCAUGGUGAGGGAGAGAGAAAGCGUUACAGGCGUUUAAGCAUAAUACCGGAGAUUGAUGAGAGGCUGACGGUGGCUCUGUAUGGAUCCGAGUAUGGAGUACAGAGAGCUUCAAUAGCUUCACACGAGCAUGAGAAAUGAAAUGAAAUGAAAAGCG